UAUACUGCUGCAUCAAAACUUAGGUGUAAGAUAUAAAUACACAAGAAUUGUAUUUCCCAUUUUUUUUAAAUAUUGCCGCACGCAUACAAAAGCUGGGGUCUGGCGGGAGAGCCCACCAACAUAAAGUACGGGCGGCGUUGUUGAAAAUUAAAGGGCGUUUCUCAUUUCUAAAAUUACCUCCCCGCCCCGCACUUUGACCAUUGACUCACCCGGUCCACCCCACGCCUCCACUUCAAAAGGCGCUCUCCCCAGAGCUAAACAUGGAGUGAGCAGUAGAACGAAGAAGCUUCCAGUCCAGAACCACAAUGAGGAACCGACAUCGAUCAGAUACCAGCAUCGCGCAAGCCAGAGGAAGCCCUCACCUUCUCCCCCUCGAGGUCAGCAAAAUGGCUCCCCCACCCUGCUUCUUCCGUUGCCCCAUCUCCCUAGAGGUUAUGCUAUCGCCGGUAAGCCUCUGCACCGGCGUCACCUACGACCGCUCCUCCAUCCAGCGCUGGCUCGAUUCCGGCAACAUCACUUGCCCCGCCACCAUGCAGCCCCUUUCAUCCACCGAUCUGAUCCCCAACCUCACCCUCCGCCGUCUCAUCCACCUCUGGUCCUGCAUCCUCUCCGAUCCCACCGCAGAUAACGCAUACAAGCGCCACAUCCUUUCCUCCGACGCCUUCCGACCCGCCGCUCUCGCUUCCCUCUUACACGCCCCUGAAAGCCCCGAGAUCGCCGUCACCCUCAUCUCCCUACUCAUCAGCCACGAUCUUCUCGACGCAGACCGUAAACGAGAGUUGAUCGCCGCUCUGUUGUCAGAUCUCGACGCUGCAGUCUCCAGUCUUUGUGCAGUUUUCAAGGUAACCGACUAUUUGCCUUCUCGGAUCGCCGCCGCUAGGGUUUUGGAAAUCUUGAUUGCGGAGGAGAAGACGUUGGUUGCGGGUAAGCCGCAAUUAAUGACGGAGCUACUGAGGUUAAUUGGAGAAAGAGAUGGGGAAGCGGUGGAUGCGGGAUUGCGAUGCUUGAUGGGAGUUAUUGAAGCGGGGAGGAGGGUGAUAGCGGAGAUGGUGAGAAUGGGGGGAGUAUCUGCGCUUACGAGUGUGUUGGAGAGAGAUGGGGUUGAGAUCCCGAUGGAGGCGGUAGAGAGGUCGAUACGGGUUAUGGAGGCGGCGGUGGGGACUGUCGAGGGGAGGGCCUCGUUCCGCGCGGAGGCAGAGAGGUGCGUGGCGGCGGUAGUGGGGAGGAUGACGAAGGUAGGCUAUGAGGGGAGGGAGGGUGCUGUGGUGGUGCUAUGGAGAGUUUGCUGUGCCGGCGGGGGGGGUCGGCGGGCGAGGAAGGCCGCCGGUGUGGCGAAAGGGAUUCGGCGGGAGAGGAUGGCCGCCGGUGUGGCGAAAGGGGGAUUAGCGAAAGUAUUGAUGGUGAUGCAGGGGGAUUGCUCGCCGUUGGUGAGGAGGAUGGCCGGCGAUUUGCUUAGGGUUUUCCGGGGGGUUUCUAAGGGCUCGAUUGCGGCUGCGGGAUAUGAUUCACAGACGAUGCACAUUACGCCGUAUUGAAACUAAAAUUGGAAUGAGUUCUAACUUCUAACCAUGUAGA